AUUGAAUUUCAUGGAUUCGUUUCAUACUCGAAUUCGCAGUGGUCUGUAUAUUGUAAUUUCUUUUUCGAAAUAUGACCGAACAGAAGGAAAAUACUCAAUAUGCUUCGAAUACACUUACAUAUAAUUAUGAUGAUAAAUUAAAAGAAGGAACUGGUACUGUCACAAAAGUAUUUUUCCACAGAGAGUCUGUGUUAACAUUUCUGUUCGAAAAUCCUCAUAUCAAAGUAAUUCGUCAUAUAGCAAUAGUUGUCUACUUAGUGACGUGUUUCAACAGUUUGAUGAAACGUUACUUAGGGAAUGAAGGAAUUACAGCUGAUUUCCAAUAUAUAAUCAAUAACACUAGAGCAUUCCACAUAGUUAUAAUUUCAUGGGUUUUCAUUUAUUCCUUAACCUGCUCCACUUAUUUCUGUUUUCUGGCUUGGGCUAGGCUACGAAGACUUGAAUCUAAUACCAAAAAAAUGUGUGAUGUAUCAGGGAUUAUUUUACUUAUUUGUUUUUACAUUUCCUCGUUUACAUUUAUCCGUCAAGUUUUGACGAUUUUCAACAUACCAAUGGGUACAUCUUUGAUAAUUAUAGCAGAACAGAUUAGAUUAUUGAUGAAAGUACAUGCCUUUGUCAGGAGUAAUGCACCAAAGGUUCUACAAUGUAACAAAAUACCCAAUGAAAUGCUAGUUCUGCCAACAUUUCGAUACUUCGUGUUUUUUACAUGGAUACCAACUUUGGUUUAUAGAGAUGAAUAUCCUAGAUCUACAAGAAUCGAUUGGAAAAGGGUAACGGGAUAUGUCUUGGAGAUUCUGGCUGCGUUUUACUUCUAUUCCUUCUUCCUGGAAGGAUUCUCGAUGCCCCUGUUCCAGGACUUCGGUAAAAGGAGUUUUUCACGUUCUGAAUUGUUCUUGAUCUUCUUGCAAACAAUCCUACCAGCAGGCGCCUUUCUGGUGGUUUCUUUCUAUCUAGUUCAGCAUCUGAUACCGAACCUAUCCGCAGAGCUGUCCCUUUUUGGAGACAGGAUGUUCUACAAGGAUUGGUGGACUGCCACAGAUGUCGCCACUUAUUUCAGAAAAUGGAACCUGAUCGUACAUGACUGGCUUUACGCCUACGUUUAUAAAGACUGUUACGAAACUUUGUUUCCGGGCAAUAAGAACAUGGCGAAUCUUGUAACAUUUUUUUUGUCUUCCAUUGUACACGAAUGGGUAGUUUGGAAUAUGCUUGGUUAUUUCAUGCCCAUAAUGUCCGUUAUGCAUUUCUUUUUAGCAGCUAACCUAACUCUCAUAAAAUUUCCGCAAAGAGCCCUUCUCAACUUAUUGUAUUGGUUAUUUCAUGGAAUGGGUUCUGCGUUUUUGAUAACCUUGUAUAGCUUGGAAUUUUAUGCCAGAUCAAAUGGGGUCCCUUCAACUGCUGGGAGUUACGAUUUUAUCAUACCUAGAAUUCUUACUUGUGAUUAUUGUUUGUUAAAGUGAUGUUUAUAUUUUUAUCAUACCAUGAAUAAUAUGUUUUUAUUAU